UGAAUACCAAAAGUUCUCUAAGGUUGGCUCGUAUUUUGGUCAGUAAAUACAACGUGCACAACGAAUCGCCGGUUCAAAAAAAAAUGUACCGAGAAAAAUUCAAGUGUAAUUCAAACUAUAUCAAGAAGUUAUUGGACAAACAAAUUGUAUUGCCUAAUGGAGAACUGACUCCAGUGUUUAUUAAAAGUAGAGACCGCUACGGACUUUACGAUUGCCUGAUUUGUCCGGCACAUCAAAUGAGUCCUUUCAAUUUGACUCAACAUUUAAAUGGACGAAGACACAAUCAAAACAUUAGGUCAAUGGACGCAUCUGAAGAACCGGAAACCCAGAACGUUGAAGAUGCUCCCUCAUUUCAUUCGGAUACAGUUGACGAAUGUCCGAAGCGCAAGAGUGAAAACUGUACUUCCGGGUCCGCAAAUAGCGGAUCUGCAAAGUGUGUCUCACCUCGUACAGACGAUGACAGUUCUGCUAGCGUGCCUAAAAUAUCAACACUACAGACUACUAUUGACAAUAUCCAAGAUAUAUCUAUUAUUGGGUUGGAGCAUAUUUUGGAUGUGCAAUUGAAUGCUGAAUCAACAUACCUCUGUGUGCUGUGUCAAAAAAUGUUUGACCGAAUAAGCGAUGUUGUGGAGCAUUUAACAUCGUACAACCAUCGUUUGUUGUAUCUGCAAAAAUUCUUCCCAAAGGUAUUCGACGAUGUUUGUCACCUCAUCGAAAUGGUAUGCGAGGGAAUUGAAAGCAAAUUUCACCGAUCGAAGUUGAUCGUCUUGGAGAAAAGUGAAUAUUUGGAUAACAAGGAGAAGUAUAUUCGAUUGGUAUCUUCCGAAUACAUCAACGAAAACAUUGGAUGUGCAGAACUUAUUUUAGCAGAUAAAGGUACUUCGGCAUCCGCUGCUCCUGGAACUGUAUGCGAUGGAAAAGAAGAAACGAUAUCCAUUUCAAGCGAUACGUCCAGCGAAGGAUCACCUCCCAGUACAACCACAGUCAAACUGGCAACGCUAUGGACUCAGAUGGCUGCAGCGAAGAGUGAACUAUUGAAAGCUUAUCAGUUGUAUCUCACGAAACCUGCUUCGUAUCCUGGUUAUUCUGAUAUGUGGAUUACAUUUUGGAAUAAGCGCAUCGAUGAGUUAAAAGAUAGUAGCAGACUCAGUACGUACGACUGGACAUCCGAAUGGGCAUUGGAAUGGAAAAAAAUAAUGAAUGAAAAAUUAAGAACGGACAUGGAAGUCGAAUGUUCCAGAAUUAAGAAAGCAUUGGGAAUAACUGAUGAUAUGCUCGGUGAAGGCGAGAAGAAUUUUAUGCAGCCACCGAAUGUAGCCGUUGAUACUGUGAAACCAGUAAUGUCACAGUCUACGCCAGUGGCGAUUGACCAGGAAAAAUCAACCUUGUCUAAUGUGUCGGAGUCUAGUACAAGAUCACGUCCUCCUCAACAACCAGUUUCAUCGCGUUCUCUUGCAAACUCGAAUGCGCGUCAGACCAGUUCCGUAUCCAACGACCAGAAAAAGACGACAAUUUCUUCAAAUGAAUCUUGGAAACCAUUAAGAUUGGAGCAGUUGCUGGAAAAACAUAAACACAACGACGACUUCAUGAUUUCAUGGAGAGAAUUGCUUACCAUAUUCGAGAUUGAAGAGGGCGACAAUUCUAAGGAAGCCGAAUCCAUUUCUCCACAAACCCGCCAAGUACCUGAUGAUCCAUCAAACAACCAAAUUGAUUGUGUGGACAAUGCAGCGGUUGACGAACCAUUAGUCGAAAAUGUUAAACCUGUAUCCGUUAUGUCUGUGCUCAGAACAUUAGUUGCGCUCGAAAACAUACUUGGCAGCUUAGCUCCAAAAGUAAUUGAUCUACUUCAGACUGCUAUCGCAAUGGAAGGAUUAAAGGCAGGUUCCUCAACCACACUCCUGCAUAACAGCAAUUAUUGCAUUUUAUUUGAAACGAUUCGGGAAAAAUUCAAAGGACUUCUUAUGGGCGAUUUGGUUGUGGCCAACUUACAAAAAAAUAUCCGAAAGGCGAUCGAUGAUAUGACGACCUUACUCCAAUCGGCCGAGAGAUCAAAGACCUGCUAUGUGCUGCCAACAUUCAAAAAAACAUCGCCGCAAGCCCAAACAUUUCUACCAAUCGAGAGUUCGAAGAAUUAUGACAUUCUGGCAUCGUUGAACGAGAGUAUUUUUAAACCGCAACCCCCAAUAUCAAUCGAAAGUCCACAAAAAUAUUACGUUGCACCGAUUGAGAAAACAGCACCACAACCCCGAACUGCCGUACCAAUUAACAGUCCAAAAAGUUGUUCGGUGGCACCAUUGUUUCACCAGAAUGUUGAAAAAGCGACAACACCACCCCAAGUAUCAUCAUCGCCACCUGAUGUGGAUUGCAACGAGGAGCCUGCCACGUUGAAAGAUUCAGAAAUAAAGACCCUCAUGAAAAAAUUUUCGUAUUUAUCGGAUAAAGACAAAAACAACUUUACGGCUUAUUUGAACAAGCUCAGGAUUAGUGAUCCGAAUCGUUUAACGCGGCUCAAAAAUGAAAUCUGUGAAAAUCAAGUUCUCCAUCAGUCAUCGGUGUUAGAAUGGGAACGGGAGAUGAAUUGUGCUGGUGAGGCGGCCUCUUACAAUUCGACGAACUACAUAGACAAUACAAUCGGAAGCGGCGAUUGCGACCAAACCAUGUCGUUGGCAUAUCAAGUUGCCCAAAAAAAUUCUGCAGUCAAGAUAAAGCGAAAAACUUGCAGUGGAACUGAGGGCAUUUUUGAAGAAAAGCGGUUUUAUCCAGGCUAACUGGAUAGGCGAGUGUAAAAACUCCAAUUCUUUCAUUUAAGUUUUGACAAUUUUGUUGCAGUGGUAAGUGCUGCAAACUGAAUACAUAAAAUGUUAAAACUUGCAAAAUGAAUUACUCUUUUUACAAUUACGAGAUUUAUGAUCUGUUUAAGGUCCGUUGUUUUGCAUUAUUCGAAUACAUAUUUUACACCGUUUUUGUCGAA